AAAUGCCGAUUGGAUUUCAUGAAUGAAUCAAAGCAAGUUAGUUCAAGAAAAGAAAGGAACUUAGAAAACUUGGAAACUGUACCCCUUGAUGAACUUCAAGAAAGACCUGGUUCCCACUCUUUGAACCUACAAGGAUAUGACACAGUGUCGUUGAGUAACGUGCCUUUACCUGCGUUUGGUCAGAAGUCCGAAGCAGUAAGAGAAGUCAACUUUGAUUUUUUAGAAGCGGAACAAGAGGGAGCCGUUCCUGAAGAACGCUUUUCAGGAGAAGCACCUUCCGUCUAUCGUCGCUUUUCUGGUUGGCUAAUUCGUUGGAUUUUCAGAGUCCCUACUCCUCUCCGUUAUUUUACUCACUUAACAUUGUUCUUGGUCAUUCUCGGUGUUCUAUCUGCUGCUGUAAUAUUUUUAGUCGAUCUGUCCGUUCACGUUCUGGAAGUUUUUCGUAUAUGGAUAUCAUCGGAUAACUUUGGCGGUUAUUUUGUUGGCUUUAUCUUUUAUUUUCUGACUGCCUUGAUUCUUUGUUUGCUUUCAACAUUUGCAUGUCAAGCCUUAGGAAAGGAAGCAGAAGGUUCCGGUAUACCCCAAAUGAAGAGUAUCCUUUCUGGUUUCUAUGAUAGAAGCAAAAACGCUUUAAAGCUUCGAGUAUUGGGUGCCAAGUCACUUGGUCUUAUUUGUGCUAUCGGUGGCGGACUUCCGGUCGGAUGGGAAGGUCCUAAUGUACAUAUUGCUUGCAUCAUAUCUCAUCAACUGAGUAGAUUGCCUUUCUUCCGAUUCAUUCGAAGAGAUAAAUCAUUACGACUCCAAAUGAUUGGUGCUGCUUGUGCAGUUGGAUUGGCCUCGUCUUUUGGUGCUCCUGUUGGUGGUGUAUUGUAUUCAUUGGAAACUACAGCAUCUUUUUAUAUUGUGAGAACAUUUUGGAAAGCUACAGCUGCAACAGUUUCUGGUGCCUUGAUAUACAAAUUACUUUAUGAUACUCCCUUGGUUGAAGCGUUUCAAAAGACUUCAUUCGAUGUAGGAGUGGUUGACCCCACUGAACUUGUUCUAUUUGCACUUCUCGGUAUUUUGAUGGGUUGUGCAGGUUCACUUUUUGUAUUCUGUGUUCAUCAAGUGUAUCGAAUUCGAAUGAAAAAGUUACCGCUGACCAAUCGAUAUAUUCUCGUUGGUAUCGUUGCCUCAGUUGCGGCCAUUUUGCAAUAUCCUGUGGAGUUGUUUCGGUUAGAUCCUAGAAUGGCAAUCAAUGAAUUAUUUUCCCCAGAGACGUUGAGAGUGUUGAAUCCAUUGCAAGUGUUUUUACUACUCGUAGUGAAAUUCCCGCUAGUUGUGGUAUCUGUUGGCCUACCUAUUCCUGCCGGUGUAUUUGUUCCUAGUUUCUUGUUGGGUUCUUGUUUCGGAAGAUUGUAUGGAGAAUUGCUCAAACUUAUUUUUGGUGAUAUCAUCGUACCUGGUGGAUAUGCGGUAGUGGCAGCGGCAUCCUUUACAACGGGAGUAACCAGAGCUCUCUCUUGUGCAGUAAUUAUAUUUGAAGUUACCGGGCAGUUGAGACAUUUGGUUCCCACUUUGGUGGCUGUUUUGUUUGCCUUUGUAACAGGAAAUAUUUUUAAUCGAUCAUUAUAUGAUACUCUAAUUAUCAUGAAAAAUAUUCCCUAUAUGCCUUAUAUGCGAAAGGACAGAACUCCAGAUAUGAAAGUUUCCCAAGUCAUGAUAAGAGAAUGUAUCAGUGUGCAAGAAUAUUCCAAUGCAGGAAUGUUACAAGAAAUUUUACAAGCAUAUCCAGAGUUUUCCUGUUUUCCAGUAGUCAACAAAGAUGGCUAUCUUCUUGGAGCUGUCAAACGAAGAACUUUAUUGACGUUGGUUGCAACGCAGUCACAACAGUCUUCCAUGAUUUCCAAAGUGGACGUUGAUUAUGGAGACAAUGAAGAAUUUCCUGCAAGCAGUGGAAAUAUGGCAUAUGAUGAAGAGGAGGAAGAGGAAGAAGACUCUGUGCACUCCAUUGAAAAUAGUUCCACAGUUUCUUCGAAUAGAAAUCAUUCCCAAUGGAAGACGAAAAACACCAAUGGAGGCCAUAAUUAUUUACCUGAAUCUUCACUAUCUCAUAUGGAAGUGCCAAAGGACGUUUCACCUCUUUUGGUUACGGAAGAUACCCAACUAGGUCGAGUCCAUUUUCUGUUUGUUAUGUUAAUGCCCAAGUGUGCUUAUGUGGUGAAUGGUGGAAAAUUGACUGGAGUGGUGACUCGUUUAGAUAUCGUAGAAUGUGGGCAAUCAAGUUCAACGAGUUGAAAUAGAUUGAGAUAUCUUAUAAUAGAACUUUUGCGUAACUUACAAGUUAUUCUUGUUUCCAUUGAAAGGUGUUAUUGUCACUUGACAACCAACAGCCGAAUUCAAGGGCAUUGUUUCUAACAUGAAACAGUUGGUCUAUUUCACUCGGCUUAGAAUAAUCAAGAGGAAACUUCACAGCGUAGUUGCAAAAAUGUUGCAAAUACGUCGCUUGAUUCCUCCACAAUC